UCCAUUACACAACUAACAGAGAUAGAUAGACAAACACCAAGAACAGAGCCAUUUCUUCUUAUAGAGUUUCCGCCAUGGAAGCCAAGAAGUCAAACAAAAUCAGAGAGAUAGUUAAGCUUCAACAGAUCCUCAAGAAAUGGCGAAAAGUUGCACACGCAUCAAAACAAGCCAACAACAACAAGAUCGACAGCGUAGAUGACAACAACAACAACAUCAACAUGAACAACAGUGGAAGUGGAAGUGGAAGUGGAAGCAAGAGCAUCAAGUUUCUGAAGAGGACACUAUCCUUCACAGACACAACAGCUGUUCCUAAAGGCUACUUAGCUGUCUCGGUGGGGAAGGAGGAGAAAAGAUACAAGAUACCAACAGAGUACCUUAGCCACCAAGCUUUCCAUGUGCUGUUGCGUGAAGCAGAAGAAGAGUUUGGGUUUGAGCAAGCUGGUAUCUUGAGGAUUCCUUGUGAAGUUGCCAUGUUCGAGAGCAUUUUGAAGAUAAUGGAGGACAACAAGAGCGAUGCGUACCUGAGCACUCAGGAGUGCAAAUUCAAUGCCACGAGUGAGGAAGUGAUGAGUUAUCGUCAUCCUUCGGAUUGCCCGAGGACACCAUCUCAUCAACCUCACAGCCCAAUGUGCAGAUAGUUUUUUGUUUUGAUUUGCUUGUUGCUUUGAACCAUUCUUCUUCCUCUUCCCCACGUUCCCACUUGUU